AUGUCAACUGGAAAUGUCAGCUUUAUAAAGGAUUUUGUCAUUGUUGGUUUCCCUGGACUUCAGCCUCGAUAUUAUGGCAUCGUGUCAGCAGUCCUGUUCUUUGUUUAUGUGUGUACAAUGGUGGGAAAUGCUGUAUUUUUUACAUUACUUAUAAUGUCUAAGAGCCUUCAGAAACCUGUAUAUUAUUUUGUUCUAAAUCUGGCUGUAUGUGAUGUACUCUUCAGCACCACUACAUUACCAAAAAUAAUCAGCAGAUAUUGGUUUCAAGAUGGAAGCAUUUCAUUUUUGGGCUGCUUUGUUCAGAUGUUUUUUGUGCAUUAUUUUGGCACAGUCAGUUCACAUGUUUUGGCAUUAAUGGCCAUAGAUCGCUAUGCAGCCAUUUGUUAUCCACUUCGAUAUCACACUAUUAUGUCAAACAGAAAUGUUUUCAUUCUGAGCUGUAUAGCUUGGGUCUGGUCUUGCGCAGUCCCGUUGAUGGUAGUUAUUCGAGCGUAUCCUCUCCCAUACUGUGCAGAAAACACCAUAGUUCAAUGUUACUGUGAUCACUUUUCUAUCACAUCACUGGCUUGCACUGACAGAACCCUGUAUACGUUUCCAGCUUUUGUCAGUGCCCUUAUAAUUCUGCUAGGUUCACUUGCUAUAGUUGUUUUCUCUUACUGUGCCAUAAUUGUGGCCGUUCUGCGUAUAUCGAGUGCUCAAGGAAGACUCAAGACUUUCUCCACCUGCAGCCCUCAGCUCAUUAUAAUUGCUCUGUUUUUCCUCCCCAGGUGUUUAAAUUAUUUGUUUAACAACAUUGGUAUAAAGUUCAGUAAUGAUUUACGAUUGGUCAUUAUUAUGUUGUAUAGCUUGUUGCCUCCCAUGAUUAAUCCUCUUAUUUACUGUUUGAGAACAGAGGAGGUGAAAAAGAGUUUAAGACGACUAUUGCAAAAUAAACAAAUUGGUGUUCCUUUACAGCUACCUUAA